AUGGCCAUGAGCCGGGCUGUGGGAGUCCUGUUGGCCAACCGGAGAGUGGGCACUGCGGGAGCUAGCUUCCUGAGUCUGAGGAUGGCACCGUGCCAGGCAGCUGGCAUCCCACUCAGGGGCCCUUGGCCCGGUGUCCCGGUGUCCAGGCCGGCGACUGUCAGGAGUGAGCUUAUGCAGAGUGUCACUUCAGAGGAGGCCGUUCGCCACAAUAAGGUGUCCAUCAUAGGAACUGGAUCGGUCGGCAUGGCCUGUGCUAUCAGCAUCCUGCUGAGAGGGCUGAGCGAUGAACUUGCCUUGCUGGAUGUUUCUGAAAACAAACUAAAGGGCGAAACAAUGGAUCUUCAACAUGGCAGUCCUUUAAUAAAAAUGCCAAAUAUUGUUGCCAGCAAAGAUUACCUUGUCACUGCAAACUCCAGCCUCGUGAUUGUCACAGCAGGUGCACGCCAGAAACCGGGGGAAACACGCCUGGAUUUAAUCCAGCGAAAUGUGCCCAUCUUCGAAGUCAUGAUUUCUAAUAUUAUCCAGUACAGCCCUCACUGCAAGCUGAUUGUGGUUACCAAUCCAGUAGAUAUCUUAACUUAUAUAGCCUGGAAGUUGAGUGCAUUUCCCCAAAACCGUAUUAUCGGAAGUGGUUGUAAUUUGGACACUGCCCGUUUUCGUUUCUUGAUUGGUCACAAGCUUGGUAUCCACUCUGAAAGCUGCCACGGGUGGGUCCUUGGAGAGCACGGAGACUCCAGUGUUCCAGUGUGGAGUGGAGUGAAUGUCGCUGGUGUCCCUCUGAAGGAGCUGAACUCAGAUAUAGGGACUAAUAAAGAUCCUGAGCACUGGGAAAAUGUCCACAAAGAUGUGAUUGCCAGCGCCUAUAAGAUUAUUAAAAUGAAAGGUUAUACCAAUUGGGCCAUUGGCCUUUCUGUAGCUGAUUUAACAGAAAGUGUUUUGAAGAAUCUUAAAAGAGUGCAUCCAGUUUCCACCAUGAUUCAGGGUUUCUAUGGAAUAAAUGAAGAAGUGUUCCUCAGUAUUCCUUGUGUCCUGGGAGAGAAGGGUAUUACAGAUCGUAUAAAGGUCAAACUGACCUCUGAGGAACAGGCUCGUCUGAGGAAGAGUGCAGAAACUCUUUGGAAGAUUCAGAAGAACCUCAAGUUGAAAAGUUAA